GUAAUUUUGGUGAGAAUAAGAAAGAACAGCUCUUAGCAGUUAAAAAGUAAAACAGUUCUGAACACUAUUUUCAACAUGGAUCCAGACGAAGUAGAAGGCGAUGAGUGAGUAUGAUUCCAAUAAUCGUACCCAAUAAUCUAAUUUAUAAAUAGUAAAAGAGGUCCAAAAUUUAUUUUAAAAUAUGUAACUGAUUAGUGUCAUAAAUUGGUGAUAGUUAUCUAAAUCGAAAUUCAAUGUGGCUUUUAGCUUAGAUUAUGAUUUAGUAUGACUAGCCUACUUAAACUUUUUAACUAGCACUGCCAUGGCUUAGUCCCACUGCGAAUAAAUUAUUCAAUUUAGGCCGAUAGCAUACAAAUCAAACUUUGGUCAUCAAUCUAUAAUUAUUGUACUAGAUCAGUAUCACAUCUAGCAUACCUGGGCUAUAGGCAUAGGCCAAUGCCGCGAAUGGGCUGGAAGUGUCAUAUCCAAAAGAUCAUGGAGGGGUGUUAGUUUAAAAAGCAUAACACCCCCCCCCCCCUUUUUUUUUUCUUUAAUAAAAUGUUUAAAAUGAAAGUAACUAAGUAAUUUAUUGUAGUUUUCUUUCAUUAACUCUCUAGAAAAUAAAUGCUCCAUUUAGUUUAAAAAGCAUAACACCCCCCCCCCCUUUUUUUUUUCUUUAAUAAAAUGUUUAAAAUGAAAGUAACUAAGUAAUUUAUUGUAGUUUUCUUUCAUUAACUCUCUAGAAAAUAAAUGCUCCAAUAAAUUGAAUGCAUAAAUCAUAAACAAAAUUUACGAAAACAUGUAUGAUGUAUGCUAAUGCUGCUAAAAGUACUAAUACUACUAAUAGACUAAUAGUAAAUAGCUAAUUAAAAUGCUUAAAAUCAUAAAAACUGAUUUUUUUAGAAGGCAGCAAUAACUAGCCAUGGCAGCAAAUCCAAUUUUAUAGGUCUUCGGUACCCUGGUUAUUGUUAAGUACCAGGGAAAUGUUUCUGACACAGGUGCAGUAAUCACUUAUUUGAUACCAUGGGACAUGGGAUAAUAUUAUUUUUGGGUUUGUAAAGGACAAAAGUGGACAGUGAUUUUUUAUGAGAGGGUGGGGGGUUGCAGAGGUUUGUGGUGUUAUAUUUGUUUUAUAACCCAUUUAUUAAUCAUCAAAAUAAUCGCAACCAGAUGUCUAGAAUUUCUAAGUUAUCUCUCUUAAGAUUUUGUGUACAGUAUCAAAGAAUGUGUAUGUCCGAUCUUUCACUCUAACUCAGUCUCCAUGCCAUCUCACCAUGCACCCUUACUCUGAAUUUGGCUUUUCCUACAACAAUCGCAGCUUAUAUUUUAAAAUUCUUUCUUUAUUUGGUCCAAUAUAAGCAUUUAAAAUCUUAAUUUGUUUACCUUUACCCCUAAUUUCUCCCGAUCUCUUCUGUCAUUUGCUUUCACAUUCUUAAAAGUGCCCUGAUUUAGCAGUAAUAAAGAGAUUUAACUUCAAUCAAGGCAUUUAAGAGAAAUGCACAAAUCACCUUUGACCAUUGCUCAACAACUCAACAGAGUAAUAUGAUUUCCACAUCUACCUGUGAUUGAACUUGAUUUACAUAUUUUAAUGAUAGAAUGCACCACCUCUUACCUCUCAAAAUGUCUCUUCUUGCUUGCAUUAACUUAUUCCAAUAUGUCUGUGUUGUAUACAUGUCAUUUUUUUUUACAUAUGAAUAAUGUUCUCCCAGCUCAGUUUCACAGGGGAUUAUUUAGAUCUAGUAAAGUAGCAGAGCACAUUAUAAGAAAUAAUUUUAAUAAAAAAAUUUUUAUCAUUAAUUCAUAGCUUUGAAGAUGGACCCGAUGUUGAGGAUGAUGAACAACUUGAUGAGCCUAUUGACACUGAACAGGUGAAAUUAUGUAAUUUUAAAGACACAAGUCAUUAAAGUCAUUUUCAUUUACAAUAGUUGAACUUGAUGCUCCAAUAUUUUUUACCUUAAGAAGCUUUUAGUUUUUUGUUCUUUUAAUCUUUGUUUGAAAAUUGUGAGAUUUUUUAAAAAAAAAUUUCUGUUUGCAUUCUGCUAAGAAAUUUGCUGCAAGUGGUACAUUAUUUCUUGGUCUAUCCCGUAUGUAAGAAUUAAAAUAUGUAUUUGCUGGUUAAAUUUUAAAAGAUAAUUAAAGGGAGGGUGGGUGAUCAUAUAAUCAUGAUAUAAUUUGUUUCAUUAUUAAAAAUCAAAGUUUGAUUCAACAUAACAAUAUGAAAUAAUUAAUAUAUUUUUAAAAAAUUGGUAACAAUUUUCAGGGGGACAGAAUUGAAGUAAUAACAGAUGGGGCAUCAGGUCAAGUGGAACCACAAAAAAGGAUCACGACCAAAUACAUGACAAAAUAUGAAAGAGCUCGUGUUCUUGGGACCCGUGCCCUCCAGAUAGCGUAAAAAGAUUUUUUUUAAAUAGUAUUGGAUUGUACACCUGAUGUUAUGCUUAUGUUGUUAAAAUUCUGUUAUCUAUAUAAAAAAAAAAAUUCUAAAGAAAAUCAAUUUUAUUGAUAACUCUAACCUUUACUAAAAAGAUUAUUGGGUUUGAAGUAUUUUGCAUGCUUGCAGGUGGCUAUGAAUAUUUAAUCUGCACUUACUGACGCUUAUGGCAUUUAGGGUAACCAUAUUUCACUUUUAGUGUCACUAGCCUGCAUUCAUUGUCUGUGCUUCUCCAUAGCUGCCGCUGGUGGGUGACUCAAAUGUCUGUAUUUUUGUUAAGAUCUUUGAUUAUCUGUCAGAGACCAGCUUUUCCUAGGUGCUUUUUUCUAGGCAAGCUGAUGCCUGCUAUAUGUUUGAGCAAGCCUUUGUAAUUCUUGCUAAAAGCUCUUCCAUUUCGCAUUCAAAUGCUACGGAAGACGAUUUUGGCCAUACAAUUUGUCUCUCAUGGCAGAAAGAUGUCAAACCAACUUUGUGUGGCAUCAGUGCUCUCCCGAAUGGCCUCUACUAACACCUCAUUGUUUGUACCGGUAGUGUAAUAUUGCUGUGUUAUGCCCUUUGCAGUUUCCAUGCAUUGUUGUGGAAAAUGUUCUAGCAUCUCCAUGUGUCUCUUGUGUAUCACCCUGGUCUCUGUAUGAUAGAGAAGGAUUGCAGUAGCUACAGUUUUAUAGACAUGAAGUGGAAAGGCACAGCUAGUGAUUUUCCCAUAAAUGUUUUCAAAAAGAUCUGCUUUAUAGUUUUAUGACAAUUUCUAAAUGACUAAUAAGCUUCUGAAAAUAAGAGAUAAAAUGAAAUAAUGAGUCUCUCAUAUCUUCACAAAUUUCUUGACUUUAUGGUUUGAGUGGCGUGUUUCUAACAGUUUGAGCCAGGGUGAGGGGGGCAUCUAUCAGUGAUCAGCACCAAAAUUAAGAAUCAUUGCUCAUAGAGAAAGCUCCAGCUCAAGCGCACCCCCACACUGCAUAAAGUAAUUAUUGGUUGUAGCACCCCUGGGGAUUGCUAAUGGCCCCUGUUUUGUUUCACCCCUGGCAUCUAUAUAGUACAACUAUAUAAUCAAUGUAAAGUUUAAAAAUAUCAUUUUUAUUUUUACUAAUAGCAUUAUAUUUAUUGAAUGAUGAUUAUAAACUAACAUAAACAAAACUGCUAAGAAGUCUAAUAUUUAAAAAAAAAAAUUUUUAUUCUUUGAGGUUUCUGAAUCACAUAAUAAUUUGCUGUUCUCUCUAGAAGAAAUCUCAAUUCAUCAUAUUCUUGUCACAAUUUUCCUGGAAGCUCAAUGGCAGCUAAAGUCUGCUCACACUUUCUUUUUUGCAUUUAUCAUUUAUUAUAAAAAGAACGAAUACUAUUGCUCAAGAAAGAUGUAUAGACCUUCAAAUUAAUGUUGUCAUUUUUGUUCUCUGAUAAAACUGGCCAAGACAGAUUAUCGUUUAUCAUUUUUUAUAACAGACAUUAGGCAGCACACCUGUGGUUAGAUUAUUUGAAUCCUUCCACUACCCCACUUAAAAGUUAAAUUGAUUUUAUAUAGUUAAGGAUAAUAUUUGGUCUCAAUAAAAAUUGUCCCAUCUAUUUUUUUGAAGCCUAAACAUAUCCCAUUUUAUCCACUUAUUAUAUAUAUAUAGAUCUUAAACAGAUUGCCAAUGUUUGAUACUUGUCAACCACUAUUUCAAUAUAUUAUAGCGACACUUAUAGAUUUUUAUAAGCCAUUAUUAUAUAUUGACUGAAAAGUAGUUGUAAUAAAUUUUGAAAUAUUUAUAGUCAAAUGGUGUAAAUUACUUUUGCCGUAAAUAAUUCGGAUCGUCAAACAAAAUAUAUAUUUAUUAAUUGCAUCCACUAAAUCACUGAUUUUAUUUGCUGCGAAGUACACUUUACUACUCUUUUUAAAAAUGUCAUAAACAUGACUAUUCAGUUUUGUUAUACUAUUCAGUUCACCACAUUUUGCUGGUGGGUUGCAUUGGAGUGUUGCCUGAAAUAUACACUGAUUGGGAAUAUUUACUUUUCCAAAGACAUAUAAAAUUGUAAUAUUAUUUACAGGAAAUUUUGUUGUACAGUUUGAUGCAUAUGUCUGAAUUUUUGUUUUGUUACUCAGCAUGCAUUUUUGAAUGAGUUACACAUUUAUAGAUUCUGUAAAUGAAAUCUAUAUUAAAUAGAUUUUUUAAUUUUCAGUAUGUGUGCACCUGUAAUGGUUGAGCUCGAGGGAGAAACAGAUCCUCUGGCAAUAGCAAUGAAAGAACUGAAGUAAUUAAUUAUCCUUCUACUUUAUGGCAAUACUUUUUUUUUCCCAUUGCUUUACUUAUUUUUUUUUUGUCUCUCCUUUUUUGUUCCAUUGAUUUACUGUUACUUGCUUUUCUGUCUCUAGUAAUAAGUGCCAUUUUUGGCUAAUCUCUUUUUGUACAAUUUCUUUUUUCUCUUAUCAGUAUUUCUGUCAUUUUGAAAGCACUAUCAAACCACUUCCUGCUUCACAAAUGAUGGACAAGCCUUAUAAAUCCUCCUUGACACAAUGAUCCACUCUUGUAACUAAUGCUAUUUCUUGUCAACAUCAAGAUUAAUAUUUAAUUUAGAUGCCAACAAUCACCUAUUUUUAUUUAACAUACUAUUUGGCUAGGCAAUUAAAAUACUUCAAAAUACAAUUAACCUCUAUAAAAUAUGCAAAGUAAAAUUAUGUGUGGUUACUGGCUUUUGAUUACCAUAUUUAAGAUUUCAGGACUGAGUCAAAUGAAUAAGUUAAAAGUUCCGUUGGUUUUAAAAAUAAAAUUGUCUACAUUAUUUAAGUCUCAGUAACUUUUAGUUAUUAAAACUAACAGCCUACCCUGUACUAGUAACAAUCACUGAAGGUUCUACUUCAUAAACUACACACUUUAAUUUUCCAAGUGAUUACCCAUUCUAUACUUUAAAAAUAUAAUAAAUUUUAAAUGAAUAAUACACUUUUUUUUUUUUUAAAUUACAGAGCAAGAAAAAUUCCAUUCAUUAUCAGAAGGUAUCUACCAGAUGGCAGCUAUGAAGAUUGGGCUCUUGAUGAACUUAUUAUUGACUGAUGUAUUUUAUUCUUUACAUAAAUAAAUGUAUAUAAUAUGAAAAUUUAAACCAAGUUACUUCCAUUAUUAUCAUCUAUUUCUUUUACUGGUAUAUUUAAUAUUUAUCUAUAAUUCUAUAAACAGUUUUUUGCUAUUGUCAUAAGUUUGAGGCUAAUUAUUUGAGUGAUACAGGGAAGAAGAACGUUUCAAA